CCGACGCACGACACACGUGAAUCUCUCGACGUUAUCCUCCAAAAAGUGUCACUGCAAGUUCACGAAGGCCCGCUGAUUUCUCGAAAAAUGUUAAAAAUGGAAACGUUUGAAGAAGAUGACGACACUCACUUCUGUAUAAAGUGCCACUCAACGAUAAAUGGUCUAGAAAACUACGUUCGUCAUCGUCAGUCAGGAUGUAGACCACAAGAGGCAAAGCAAGCGGAAGUGACAAGCGAGACGUCAACCACUCCGACUACAGUAACUUACCCGGAAAUCCUGAACGCAGAUGCUUUUUUCAGCUCUUUGGAGCUGCAGAGUAGCACAAAGUCGAAUGCAGCGGCAAGAUCGCGUGGUCCAGUGGAUAAAGAAAGGAAAGUAGGAAGAGUCGAGGAUAAAGGGAAAAGAAGAAGCCGCAGAGGCCAGGAACCAGAUGAUGGAGGAUUGAAAGAAAAACUGUUGAACAUGCCACCGGUAGUGGCUGAUUUGGAUGAUCUAAUGGAUCAUCUGGUAAUACCAUCGUUAGUCGGAUUCCCCGACAUCGUGGCGACCACCAAGUCUUCCACGGUAGUAUCAGGAAAAGCUGUGUGUACAACUUCAUCAACGAAGUUAAGUAGCCACGACACUUUAUCAGCAUCUCCCGUGGAGAGUAUAAUCGCGAGCUCGAAGGCUUGCAACGAAAGGAAGAAAAACGACGAACCCCAAAGAAUGGAACAGGAUCAUAGUGAAUGGUUGGACGAUGAGAUGCUCGUGGACCUGGAUACAAACAGCGAAAACAAAGAGGCCGAUCGUGGUGAAUUGACGAGUGAUGUUGACUACGAUUACCAGCAGGAUGAAGAAUCGAACGGUGGUGACACUGCCGAAGACGAGAUCGAGGAGAACGACUCUUCCUCCAAUGACGAUGAAACCGAAGAGCGAGAGUUUCCACCUCGCGGACACACCGGUGGAAAAUGGAAGCCCAGUGAACUUCUUCAAGACAUGAGUCGAGCGAACGAGGAGUUUAUAGAAGAUGAGGACAACGCUCAGCAUCCACCGCCAUCGCACACCGGUGGAAAAUGGAAACCUGCGGACAGUUCUCAGAGAGUGGACGAAAAUGAGUUGGCGAGUAAGAACCCGGGAGCCUCGUCCUCGGUGCUGUCGACGACAACGACUGGACGACAACCAACGCCUGGACACACCCGUGGGAAAUGGAUACCCGGUGCUCCUGGUGACUUCGGCUCAGGAUAUUGGUGCGAUCCUUGCGGCCGGAAACUCGCUUCGAGAUUGCUUUACAACAGGCACUUGCUCUCGGACCUACACGCUAGAAGGAGCAUCCAGGAAAUCGACGGAGACUUGCAAUUGCCACGCGGCGUGGGUCCACUUCUCCGAAGGAAGUCAGCGAGCAAACGACAGAGAGCACUUGCCGAAAUCAAAUCGAGAGGAAAGAAUCAAAGUCAGCGAGAUGAUACAAAGGCAAGAAAAAGAACUCGUAGACGACAGAAAGAGGUGCUCGUGUGCGAAAUGUGUCAGGCUCGUGUGCGGCGUCCACAGAUGGGAAAACACCUGCUUUCGCACUACCACUGUCGCGUUGCUGGCACGAAUCCCUGCAGCAGUCCAAAAGCUCGCCGUUUUAUUCUGGAGAACAUGAGCAAUGUAGUUCGCCAGUGUCCUUUCCAGUGCUCGAUCUGUCGUUUUUAUUGCAACACUGAGACAACAUUUCUUCGACAUUGGCGAUCGACACUUCACACCAGUAAAUCCGAUGAUGUGGAUGGAAGUUACAAAUGUGGUUCAUGUAACUUUUAUUGCGAAGAAAAUGAGCGAAUGGAAGAACACCUGACGAGCUCGGGUCACCGCGAAGUGGUAGCGAUGAUGAAUGGUUCUGUGCCGGUGGUAGUGGGAAGACAAAGAUUUUUGACAUGCGAAACGUGCAAUCAACGUUUCCGUUACAACCUCCAACUUCGAAUCCACGCAAGAGAAACCGGACACAGUGGAAGCGUAACGGCGACCGAUGAAUACCAGAGCAGAAUAGCCUGCAGUCAAUGUUCUCAAGUCGUCAAAUCUCUCGUCGCACUUCAACGUCAUCAAUUGUUGUGCCAUGCUCGCAAAACCGACAUGAAAGAUGACGAAACUAAAAUUAUCCCUCAACCCACAGCGCCAUAUUUUUGCUCUUUCUGUAUGAUGAACUUUACGACCGCACAUGAAGCCGUACUUCAUCGGAGAACUUCCAGCCACAAGGAAACCGUCAGGGCACAAAAGUUGAACGUCGAAAAUUUAUCUUCCUUGACCCGCGAGUGCGCUCACUGCGGAUCUAAACAAACCAGUCUUCUCGAACACAAGGAACACUUGCUUCAAAAACAUCCCGAGUUGUGCCACAGGUGUCCUCGAUGUGGUUUGUUAUUCGCUCUGUCCCAAGACGUGACGAGGCACACGAGGGACGUGGAGUGUGUAAAAGCAGGUGAGAGGAGCGUCGAGAGAGCAGCGGGUAACGCCGGAGAAUGGAAAUGCACCAAUUGUUCAUUUACGACGGACUCUCAGGCCGAAUUUCUUUUCCACGGUGCGCUUCACGCUGGUAGUAUCGCGGUGAAUAUCGAUGAAGCCGGAUGUAGCAAAGCGCCUGCCAAGUUCCGAUGCCCUAUGUGUGAAAAAGCAUUCUGCAAGGGCACCCUGAGAAACCACAUAAGAAGUCACACCGGGGAACGACCUUAUCGAUGCACCAAGUGUUCUCUUUCCUUCACGAGACGAUCGAGUCUCAAUAUGCAUCGAAAGGAGUGCUCGACUUCGUCUUCGACGACGUGGCCCAGAGGAACAGAGGCUUUUGCUUCACGACGUCGAAAUCAUGCCUGUUCCGAAUGCAGCGCUGCCUUCUUCACAAAACACGCAUUGAAGCAACACACGAUGCGCCAUGCUGGCAAGAACUACAAAUGUGGACUUCCAGGGUGUCCAACUAUUCUACGAACCGAAAACGAGCUUCGAUCCCAUCGACGUUUGGUACAUGAGAAUGGAAACACUGACCGCCCUUAUCGGUGUAACGAAUGUCCAUAUUCUGCGAAAACAAAGAUCCAACUACGAAGACAUCAAACAAGACACGAGGUUCCGACGAGUGAAGCGAAUUCUAAUCAGCUGAAUUGUCCUUAUACACACUGCAAUUUUACAACAAAGAUAUCAUCACACUUGAGUAGACAUCUCCGACUACAUACUGGUACUAAACCUUACAAAUGUCGUCAUUGUUCGUACGCCAGCAACAAUCUGGAAAAUUUGCGGAAGCACGUGCUCUCAACGGGCCUCCAUCCAGGCAAGACGAUCUACGAAUGUGACGUAUGCACUCGCGACGGCAGUCCGGAUCCACAUUGCACGAACUUUGCGAAGGAACUUCGUGCUCACUUACUCGAAGCGCAUCCACGUGAUUUCCCGAGGCCGAGUGACGCGAGCGAUCACGUAGCCAAGAUCUUCAGAACCGAUGGAGAACCUGGAUCGCCCACACCCAAUGUGAACAACCCGAAUGAAGACUCGAUUACCGGCCAGAGACACGAUCACGACUAUAAAUGCUAGCAAACGUCUCGUUCAAACUGCAUCAGAAUGAAGUACCAGGGCGUGAAUCAGCUCCAGAGAUUUCUCGAGAGUCGAUGAACACGAGCAAAACAUUGUUUUUGCUGCUGAAACUCUCGGCCUGAGAAGCUGCGCAUUGGAGGUUGCCAGACCUUUCUUUCGAACACCUAUUACACCUACAAUCCAUCGAGCCCUGGACACAUGCUUCUGGAAGGAAAAAAAACACGCAGAAAAUACAACCCUAGUCGCAAAGAAUAAAAGCCACCGAGAGUCCGUGGUCACAAACGCGGUAUUGGACCAAGACUGUGCCCGGCAGGAAGUACUUAAUGUGAUGUACGCUUACGUGGUACAAGGUAUAUGUACUUGCCAAGCACGUACGUACUAGCCAAGUCUUUUAUGCCACGUACACAACGUGAAAAUACUAGGGAAUAGCAGUUAAGCUCAGAGUCCUGCCGUUGAAUCAAUUCGCAUAAGUUCCACGGAGCAUGAUUUAAACAUAUCGAGUAAUAUUCUUAAAUAACGAUCAGCUCCUCCCCUGUCAUCUCCCUACGUACAUAAGUUGAUUGUGAGUGAAACGGCGAUGAGUUGCUUUUAUGUUCUUGCUCGCUUAACUAUACUCAUCUUCCAACUCGUCGGCCAAUUUUCUCCUGAUGGUGGGAUUUUAGGAACUCGUAUACAUUUUCAUUUUAACCUACGUGUCUGUGAAUAUUUUACUGGAAUACUGAACAAAGACAAUGUGACUUGACAUAAUCGAGUUUCUGAUCCCAAUCUCUUUGAUAGUUGGAACAUUUUGUAUAGAAUUCAAUUACAUUGAUGUAAAUGUUGACGCAGCAACAGGAAGAUUUGCACUAUGUUAUUUCAAGACGAAAGUGAACCGAUUUUUUUUCUAAGAAAUGUGUAUUUUUUAUUAAAAAUG